AUGUGCUUCUAUGACCAGAACAGAAUGGCUUGCGGCGACUACAAGUGGGGCCACUUCCGCCAGCACUGCUCCAAGGAGUACCGAACCGGCGAGACCUGCGGCAUGAGGCUCGUCAUGCAGACCAUCGAGAUCGCAGAGAAGUGCAGAAUCUGCCAGAAGAUCGACACCAAGAAGCGAAGCAUCCGCAAGGAGGAAGACAAGAUCAAGAGAUGGAAGAAGGAGACCGGUCGCAGAGCCUCGAUUGAGAAGGCUGAGGAGGACAUCAGCCGACUGCAGCAGGAAGUCUAUAACCUGGAGUGCGAAAGACACUCAAAACAGCAACAGCUAUGGUAG